UGUGUAGAUAUAUAAAUUAAAUACGAAAAACUAAUACAGCCAGUCUUAAAAUUAAGUCGUGUUGAGAUAGGCUGCUCUUAGAAGUAGGUUCUUUUUGUGAUUUUUGCAAUGAAGAAGCUUAUGGUGUUCAUCGUUUUGGCCAUAGUGGCAGUGAUAUGUGAUACGCAAGAACAGCGAAGUCCUCGUGUUGUGUAUUCGACACAGCAUAUUGCAAGCAACGAUUUAAUCGAAGAUAGCUUAACCAAUAAUGAGCUAGUGGUAUCUUUUGUGGUUUUUAGACACGGGGAUAGAACGCCAGAUCCGAUAGAGUUGGCUUUGUAUCCCGCUUGGAAAAUUGAUGAUAAUGUAUUUUACCCGCAUGGAAAGAAAGCGUUAACCAUCAAAGGUAGACAGCGUGAAUUUGUUUUGGGGGAAUUGCUGAGACAUCGAUAUAAUGACAGCAUCAGUGAGUUGUAUUUACCAGAGGAGAUAUCUGUUCGUACCACUGAUUUCGCACGAACUAAGAUGAGUGCUUUGGCAGUUUUGGCGGCAUUAUAUUUGCCGCAUCCCGUACAGAAAUGGCAUCCAGAUAUAAAUUGGCAACCCGUACCAUACAGCACGAUACCUUAUAAGGAUGAUGAUCUCGCCUACUUUGAAACUUGUGACCGAUAUAAACAGCUCUUAAAAAAAGUAUAUGACAUACCUGCAAUAGGCAAAAUUAUCGAAUCAUAUGGAGACUUGUUCAAGAUUUUAAGCGCGAAAACUGGAAGAAAAAUAACAACGCCUGAAGAAGUGUUCUUUUUGGAUAACCUAUUUCAAGCUACGGAAAAUGUUGGUGUGACGACUCCGCAAUGGGUUGUAGAUAUUAUGCCACAAAUAAAAAAUAUGACUAAGAUCGCUUAUUACUGCCAGUUCUACAACACCGAAUUGAGAAGAUUAACAUCAGGAGUGUUGAUGUCAGAAAUAGUGAACAUAACAAAGGCUGCUAUUGCUGGUAACACGGAAGUAGCGAAGCUCUACCUAUACUCGGCUCACGAGAACAACGUUGCAGGACUGUUGGCCGCUCUUAGAGUGUUUGUACCGCAUCAGCCCAAAUACGGAUCAGCCGCAAUCUUGGAAUUAAGGAGGAACCGCGACACUGGGAAAUAUGGAGUCAUGGUGGUGUAUGCAUCAGAAUCUGGGGCCCCAGGUCAAGUUCUACCCAUUGUGGAUUGCGGCGGAGCACCAAUAUGCGAUUACGAUAAAUUUAUUAAACUUACUCAAGAUUUGUUACUAUCACGACAAGAAUUCAAAAACCUAUGUUCCACUCCUUUAACCUACUAGAUAUUAAAGCCGUAUUGAUCUCGCAAAAAUAAUACUAAAAUUACGUAAAUAAUUGUUUCCUUGCUAGUGUUAAAAUACUUACCCUGACAAUAGUAGUAAAGAUAACAUAGCGAGAGAAAUAAAAUUUACACAGUAUUUUAAUUCAA